CCCUGAACUUGUCGAAAAAGUUAAACACCACACCACAUCACCGCCAUCUCCUUCGGCCAUUUCCAAGGGAUAUACCUGUUGCUUGCUCGCCUAAUUGCGCUUUUCACACCCGCAACUUGCACCGCCACCAUGUCCAACUCGUCAUUAAAACCGUCGACCAUUGCGGCCAUUAGCGCCGGCACCAUCGUAACAGGUCUUCUCGCAUAUGCCGCCUACUUCGACUACAAGCGACGAAACGACCCCGGCUUCCGCAAGCAGCUCAAGAAGGAGUCGAAGCGAACAGAGCGGGCGGCCAAGGAGGAGGCCGAGGCACAGGGCGCCGAGCAGAAGAAGGCGAUCCGGGAGGCGGUAGAGCGGGCAAACGAGGAGGGCUUCCCCAAGGACCCAGAGGAGGUGGAGGCGUACUUUAUGCAGGAGGUUGCGCAGGGAGAAGGCAUGGUACAGAAGGGUGCGGAUAACGUGGAGGCGGCGCUAUGCUUCUACCGCGCAUUGAAGGUCUACCCCAACCCGCGGGAAUUGAUCAACAUCUACGACAAGACGGUGCCCAAGCCCGUCCUCGACAUCCUCGCCGAGAUGAUCGCAGUAGACACGUCAAUCCCCGUCGGCGGCAGCAAGACACCGUCUGAGGCUGGCUCGGCAGGCGACCUCGAGUAAAAAGACGAUAGCACUUCGAUGAAUUCAGCACGCAUUUUUGGACCCCACUCCAUCUGAUGACGACCCCCUGUAAUAUUCUUGUACAUGUAUCAGCAUCAGCGCGGUCGGUCGAUUCCACGGCCGGCGUUCCGGUUGAGCGUGAUCCAUCUGGCUGGGGCGGGCGUUGGCAUAGAUGUGGGCUUCCAAUGCAUACAAUCCAAACAGCACUCGGCAUCUCUCCAUUGACGUCAUGCAGUCGUACGCUUGGGUACGCACUGCUAUACUAGAGAUUACGUGUUCGACG